CAGAGUGGAGGCAAACGCUUAGAUUGUCAAAACCUCCCUUCCCCCUUCACCGACGGCUCCACACGACGGGAGAACUCAGCACUGUAAUGGCGAUCGGAACCGUCAAAUCCUCCCGCCUCUUCCCCCUUCGAGUACCUGGAUCACGGAGGGGUUGGUACGUCGGUAGGUUUGUUUACAUGCGCAUCGCUAUCUUCAUUCUGUUUUUCGUCUGCUGGCGGGAAGGAGUCAUCACCACCUCUCCAAGUUUCCCUGCAUUUACUUACAAGCACUAACUAGUGACGAUGGCAUCCCUGGAGCAGUGCCUGAGGACAGGUCCCAUUUCGCCCCCGGCAAGAGAGUUGCUAUUGGGCCUAAUAGCUGAGGAACCAAUCCUACUCAGCCUAAAGACUGACGGGAGGAUACUUCUACAGAAGAGGGAGGCCUGGGCGAAAAUUACCGAAAAAUUCUAUGCCCACAACAUGGGGCCCCAACGGUCAGAGGUGCAGCUCAAGAAAGUUUGGGAGCGACUGAAAGUCAAGGCGAAGAAAAGCAAGGCUGACUUUAAACGGGAGGUGUUCAAAACUGGUGGUGGCGCGCCUCCACCAGACAUGACCUCAGAUUGUGAGCAAGUGCUCACACUCCUCGGGGAUGACAUUAAUGACAUCGGCAACCCCUAUGAUGAUGAUGCCUUGCCAUCUCAGCCAAAGUCGAACCACCAUGGUCGACUCAUCCGAUUUUCAAGGUCUCUUGUGAGAGCACGCUCCGACAUCUGGUGUGAGUUGGUGAGUUCCGAACCACUGGCACCAACACCAGAUGAAGAACAGGGCGGCAACAAAGUUGGGGAAACAAUUGUGCCUGCCAGCCCCGUAAGGAUGACGAGCAGGCAACGUCGAGCCGGGAGGUGGAAAGCGGGCGAAGACGUAGAAGUCCGGGAGAUAGUGAAGGCCAGCACAAGCAGGGACGACGAGUUUCAGAACAAGAGGGCAAAAUUGAUGGACAUGCAAUUACGAUACAUGGAGUUGAAGCUUGAGGAGGCUGAAGCCAGAAAAGAGGAGGCAAAAGAAAAAGCUUUAGAAGCAAAAAUGUAUCGACUCAUUGCAGAAAAAGAGCACGCAAACUGCACAUGAGAUAUAUGUAAGAGCAUAUAUAAUAUAUAUAAAAAAGGAUGAACUAGUAA